AUGGCGCGACCACGCAUCCGGAACGUCGAGCUACCCAUCUUCAGCGGCAACCCGAACGAAUGGCUGCCGUUCAAAGCAACAAUGAGAGAUUCAACACGUCUCUACAAUUUGAGCGCCGCCGAGAACCUACAGCGACUACGGACGUGCCUACGGGGGGAGGCGCGCGAAGCCGUGGCGGCACUGCUGUACACCGCAACCGAUCCGAGCGUCAUAAUGAAGACACUGGAACAAUGCUUCGGGCGCCCCGAGGUGCUGAUCGACCGGGCGCUAGAAGAAAUUAGACGACUACCGAGGUUGGGACCGUCUGCGAUAGACCUCAAUAACUUCGCGAUCAAGCUGCGCUAUCAAGUGUGCAUAUUGGAGUCCAUCGACAAACGGGGCUUCAUCCACAACCCACUGCUGGCUCGAGAAGUACUUGGCAAGCUCAGCCCGCAUCAUCGGUCACGCUGGUGCGACUACGCAUCUCAACAUGAAGAGGACAACGUUCCCGAGAUCGAGAGCGAACUUAGCGAUCUCCUUCAUGUACGCCCCGAGUGCCAGCACCGUCGCCGCUGCUACUGCUCCCGCUGCGAACAGAAGCAAAGAACUAAAGGCCAGCACGAGUGGGAGAUCAUCAUUGGGAAGAAAACCAGAAGCCAUCUACAACACGAGCGAGCGAGCCGUCCAGUGCCCCAGCUGCGGAGAAGAUCACAACGAUGGGACUUCGUGAAGGAGAGAGGUCUCUGCUUCAAAUGUGUCGCCUCGAAACAUCGACGCAUAGCAUGCAAGGCGCGGGUGUGCGGCGUGAACCAAUGUCGCCGUCCACAUCACGCUACGCUACACGAGGACCCGCCCGCCGCCGCAGCCGAACCGCAACCAUCGACGAGUGGCCCGGAAACAGUCAUGUCGGUGGCCACUACCGCCACUGGCCCGAGGACUGUCCUGCUGAAGGUCUGCCCAGUGAUCGUGAGCGGACCACGGGGGGAGGUCUCCACCUACGCCUUACUGGAUGAAGGCGCCACCGUCACUCUUAUUGACAACGAGCUGGCGGAGAGCAUCGGCGCAAGUGGACCCACACAGCCACUGAACCUGCGCGGUGUGAACAUGGAGCAACAAGAAGAGGAGAGCAGAUCAGUCGCGGUGCAACUUCGAGGCAAGAAUGAACACGCACCGUACGGAAUAAGGGCACGCACUGUGAAGAACCUUAUUCUACACCAGCAGACCAUUCCUAAGUCGCUACUGAGAAAAUACAAGCACCUACGCCUGGACAAGAACGAGAUGUGCUACGAGCUAGCACGCCCUAGAGUCCUAGUGGGGACAGACCACUGGGAAUUGAUCGUGUCCCAACGACACGGGGACACAACCGACCAGUACGACCGACGUCUCGAGCAACUCGUCGAGGCGCACUUUAAGAUUGACGCACUGGGUGUCAGUCACAAACCGCUCGUGGGCGUUGCCAAUCAGCGCGCUCGGGACAUCGUGCAGAAGACGAUGAAGAAGAUCGACGGGGCCUACGAGGUUGGACUUCCAUGGCGUCGUGACGACGUGACCAUGCCUCCAAGCUACGAUGCAGCCUUCCGACGUCUGAGAAGCAUCGAGAGGAAGAUGGACGCUUCACCCGACUUCGCCAAGCAGUACACGGCCCAAAUGGAGAACCUGCUGAACAAGGGCUACGCAGCACCAUGUGACGGUCAUGAACGAGCGAGCACCGUCAGUUGGUUCCUGCCACACUUUGCCGUGCAGAACCCCAAUAAACCAGGAAAACUACGCCUGGUUUUCGACGCCGCCGCACGCAGCCACGGUGUCUGCCUGAACGACGAACUACUAGAGGGACCGGACCUGCUACUGUCACUGCAGGGGAUCGUAUUCCGGUUCAGAGAGAGACCAGUCGCCGUCACUGCGGACAUACAAGAGAUGUUCCUGCGUGUGAAGAUCCGCCCAGAAGACCAACCCGCCCAGCAGUUCUUGUGGAGGGGAAACGACCGGGAGAAUCCGCCUCGCUGCUUCAAGAUGACGAGCAUGAUCUUCGGCGCGGCCAGCUCACCCUUCAUGGCUCACAGCGUGCGAGACCACAACGCGCAUGCUCACGCGCACACUCACCCACGUGCGCUGGAGGCCAUCACACACAGUCACUACAUGGAUGACUUUGUGGCGAGCUAUGAAGACAUCGAGGAGGGCCGCCGAACCAUCAGCGAGGUGAUAGAAGUCCACGCAGACGCCGGCUUCACUUUGCGCGGGUGGAACUCCAACUACGAGGGAGUCCUGGACGAAGUGCCCGUAGAACUUCGAGCGACCCAACCAACGCAGCUCGGAGGAGAGGGCCACGCCGAGCACAAAAUACUUGGCCUCUACUGGAACGCAGGUCGAGACGAACUGGGGUUCAACACGUCGCUCAAUAGAGUACCGAACGAGGUACGAACACGAAGCCGCGCGCCUACGAAGCGAGAAGCUCUCAGUGCGGUCAUGAGCAUAUACGACCCGCUGGGACUCCUGAGCCACUACACGAUCCGGGCGAAGAUCAUCCUUCAGGGCCUAUGGCGUCUUAAGUUGCCAUGGGACGAGCCGAUCCCGGAAGAAGAAGCCGGACUAUUUAUGAGCUGGUUGGCACAGCUGGAAGAGAUCGCCCGGCUACGCCUACCACGAUGCUACGGGUUGAAGAACCAUCAACGCAUCGAGCUACAUAUCUUCUGCGACGCCAGCGAACAAGCAUACGCGACGGUGGCCUACUGGAGGAUAGUGCGCUGCGACGGAAGCAUCGGGGUCACUCUGGUUGGCGCCAAGUCAAAGGUGGCGCCGCAGCGCACACAAACGAUCCCGCGACUGGAACUACAAGCCGCCGUCAUCGGAGUGAGGUUGGCCGACACGCUGAAAAAGGAACACCGCAUCAAGAUCGACAGUGUCACCUACUGGACGGACUCAGCGACGGUGAUACACUGGGUGCGGAACGACGCUCGGCGCUACACCCCAUUCGUGGCGCACAGGCUGAGCGAGAUCGCAGAGCUCACCCAGAAGGACGAAUGGCGAUGGCUCCCCACUACACACAACGUAGCCGACGACGCCACAAGAUGUCAUGGGACUACAAUCAGCGUGAACGACCGCUGGUUUCAGGGGCCAGACUUCUUAUACGAGUCACCGGAACACUGGUCCGCUGAACAGUCAUCGCACAUCGAGGAGGAAGACGUCCUUCACACUGGGACACGCGAUGGACAGAAGGAGGACUGGCUACCUGACCCUGGUCGAUUCUCCAAAUAUGAAACACUGAUCAGAGCGGCGGCACGGGUACUGGUGUUCAUCGACAUGUGCCGCAAGAAGACAAAGAACCUGGAAGUGGAGCACUUGGAACGCGCCGAACGAGCACUCCUGCAAAGAGCUCAGCGUGAGAGCUUUGGCGCUGAAAUAGAAUGGAUCCAAGCAGGGCGCUCCAUUCCGAAGACAAGCCGCCUAUACAAGCUAGACCCGGAGCUACAAGAUGGGAUCCUGCGUGUUCGAGGUCGUAUCGGAGCCGCGACCGUUCCAGAACAUAUGAAGCGGCCAAUCAUCCUGGACGGCCGUCAUCACCUGACCAAGUUGCUGGUGCUGAGGGAACACUGCGCCGCCGGCCACGCCAACCGGGAGCGCGUGACCAACGACCUACGACAACGAUACUGGAUCAUACAUCUGCGACCAACAGUACGCGCUGUCGAGCAUGCCUGCGCACUCUGCAAAGUGCGGCGAGCCAUGCCGCGAGCACCAGCGACGGGGAAUCUACCGCAAGCCCGACUGGAACCAUUUCACCGCCCCUUCACGAACUGCGGAGUGGACUACUUCGGCCCAAUGAUGGUGAAGAUCGGACGACGACGAGGGAAGAGGUGGGGCGCGCUCUUCACAUGCCUCACCACGCGAGCUAUACAUGUCGAGCUCGCCGCCUCCCUCUCCACCGACUCGGCGCUAAUGGCAUUGCGGCGCAUGGCCGCACGCAGAGGAUGGCCCCGCGUCAUCUACUCAGACAACGCGACGAACUUUCGCGGAGCAGAUCACGAGCUGAAGGCCGCCUACAGGGAAUGGGCGCCCGCACUGCAACAAGAAGGGAUGCUGCACAGAACGGAGUGGCGGUUCAUCCCACCUGGAGCGCCUAACCAGGGAGGAGCCUGGGAACGCAUGGUGCGCUCAGUGAAGGUGGCACUAGGCGCUGUACUAAAGGAAAAGGCGCCACCAGAGGAGGUGCUACAGACGCUGUUAACGGAGGUGGAAUUCUCGGUCAACGCCCGCCCCCUCACUCAUGUCAGCGUGGACCCGAACGACCCGGAGGCCCUCACACCCAACCACUUUCUGUUGGGAGGAUCCAUGGGGCUGCCAACCACCGGACCAUGCGACGAAGCCGACCGACGAGCUUGGCGAGCAAGCCAGGCCCUCGCCGACCAUUUCUGGCAACGCUGGCUGAAGGAGUACCUGCCGACGCUGAUACCUCGAGGCGAGCCUACGAACAACGACGCCGGGCUGAAAGAAGGAGACAUCGUAGUGGUAGUUGACCCGACACUGCCACGAAACGUCUGGCCAAUGGGGGAGGUGAUUCGGACCUUCAUCGGACCUGACGGCGGGAUACGAGUCGCCGACGUCAGAACCAGAACGGGAAUCUUCAGGAGACCAACGAGGAAGCUCGCCGUGCUGAUCCAGAAGGAGGCUUCGCAAGCUACGCCGGGGGGAGAGAUGUAG